GCAACGCUAUACUGCACGUGCGGUACAGUAAUUUUACAUAUUGCUUUAUUCUGCGUUUAUAGUUCUUUCAGAUUAUAUUAAAAUUCGACAAAGUUUAUCUUCAAUUUAAAAAUGGAAACUGAAUCUUUUUACGGUGUUGAAUUAAGUGACAAAGAUCCUUUAGCGCAGUUUGAAGUGGACGAAACCGAUAAGGAAGUUACAGUACAGCAAUUAAUUAUUAAACAAAUAAGUUUAGGUGCUGAAGCCAAAAGUGGCGAAUUUAAUGUUGUACAGGCUGAGGUUAAAAUAAAUGAAAAAGAAACUUUAAAAAUACCAGUAGCUGUUUUAAAAGCUGGCGAGACUCGUGUAUUGCGUCCAAAUUUGGAAUUUCCAAGUGAUUCAGUUACGUUUAAAUUGACACAAGGCAGCGGCCCCGUAUACAUAUGCGGGAAAAAUGUCGUCAGCGAAAUUAUGAACGAAGAAUGGAAUAAUGAUGAUGACAUUGAUGAUGAUGAUGAUGAUGACGAUGAACCGCCACCGCCCCAACAGAACGGUAAAAACAUCAAAAAGAAAUAAUUCCAGAUAGAUAUGUAACAACAGCUCAGACAACGUAAUCACUUUUUUGCAAAAAUAUUUUUUAAUGUCCCAAGAGAAGAUCCUUCGAAUGUGUGCUGAACUC